CUAGCUUUGUGUAAUCGUUUGAAACGUCAAAUAUUUAUUUGUUUUUCUAUAUUUUUAAUACACAUGCGCAUUAAACUAUCAAUACAAGCGUUUUAAAGUGUUACGGAACUUUACAAAAUGGUAAACAAUGAGCUAAUCUGUGUGAAACAGUCUUAGCAUGCGUGUAAUUAGCGCACGUUAGCAUCGGGUUUAGCAGCGCCGGGUCUCCGAGAUCGAUCGGGCUGAUCGGAGGUCGUGGAUGUGUCGUGUAGGCCUCUCUCCGGUGAGCCGCUGAUCGUGAUGGACGACUGGAGCGACUGUUUGGAUGUAGCCGUGCAGGUCGCGCGCAGAGCCGGGCAGAUGGUUCAGUCUGCGGUGAAGCAGGAGAAGCAGGUGAGCAGCAAGAGCACUCCGACCGACCUGGUGACGGAGGCAGACCAUCAGGUGGAGGAGCUCAUCAUCUCCACGCUCAGGGAGAAAUACCCCUCACACAGGUUUAUCGGUGAGGAAUCGUCUGCUGCUGGUGUGAAGUGUGAACUGACCGACGACCCUACGUGGAUCAUCGACCCCAUCGACGGGACCUGCAACUUCGUGCACAGUUUCCCUAUGGUGGCGGUGAGCAUCGGCUUUGCUGUAAAGAAAGAGCUGGAGCUAGGGGUCAUUUACCACUGUUUUGACGGGACGCUGUACACGGCCAGGAAAGGACAUGGAGCCUUUUGCAAUGGUGUGCGGCUACAGGUUUCGAAAGAACGAGAUGUGUCAAAGGCCCUUAUUCUCACAGAGAUCGGAGCGAAGAGAGACCCCGCAACCCUGGAUGUCUUUUUAGGGAAUAUGAAGAAAUUGUUGAGUGCACCUACUCAUGGGGUGAGGAUCAUCGGCAGCUCGACGCUAGCGCUCUGUCACAUCGCUAGCGGCGCGGCCGAGGCCUAUUAUCAGUACGGCCUGCACUGCUGGGACAUGGCGGCGGCGGCGGUCAUCAUCCGAGAGGCCGGAGGAUACGUCCUGGACACCACAGGAGGCGCUCUUGACCUCAUGUCCAGACGGGUCGUGGCCGCCGGCUCGCUCGAGAUCGCAGACUAUGUGGUCAAACAGCUGCAGCCAAUAAACUACGGCCGUGACGACCUGCCGUGACCUCUGACCCCAUCCUAAGCCUUUUACCUCAGAGCACACAUCUGUCCUUCAACAGCGAUUCAUCUCUGGACGUGAACCUGGACCGCAAAACCAGUCGUGAGUCGUCCGAGCGCUCAAUGAAUGACAAAAAGGACGAUAUUUGGCCGAUAUUUGAAAAACGGGAAUCCGAGGGAGCAAAAAAACAUCUAAAUAUUGAGAGAAAUUUGAUCUAUUUACAGUAGGACACUUUAUACGAACACGAUCUUAAAGCUCUUUGACUCAAGACUGCUUCUGUGCUGCAGGCUCACAGGCCGCGUCCAAGCAGACUGAACUCAUUAAAGCUUGUAGUUCAUUCAGUGUCUUUCUCCACGGACGUCCUCUGGUGCCUUGAGACCACGAGGAUGCGGGUGAUGCCAAGUCCGGCUGAUUUUCCACACGCUCCGCUUGAUUUGACAUCACCGAAUGAAAUCUCUGCUUCAGAUCGUCACGGUUAACCGGAUCGCGUCUUGUUGUCCGGUAAAAUAUCUAAACCUCGUUAUUAAAAAGAAUCUUUAUUUACGUUAACGAUAACAAUGAUGAUUUCUGAAGAUCAUGUGACACCGAAGACUGGAGUAAAGCACUGAUAUUUCACGAUAUUAGGGUUUAACCGUGCGUUUGAAUAAAUAGACACCGCUAUGGAGAGCAGAGGAAAUGCCAUUAAAAACACGUAUGCAUAUAUAAAUCAUUUCUGAGUUUUGUUUUUAAGCACGUUUAGAUUUUUCUACCGGACUCCGUGACAGAAAGUCUUGCUCCCGGUUGCACAUGUCCUCACUCCUUUCUCAAUGAAGACGUCUACAAGCCUUCACCGAUCCUUGAGAGGUUCUGCUGAGGUUCUUGACGCGCGCUGCAGUUUUAACCUGUAUUUGACAUUUUCAUGUUUGUUUGUUUUUUGAAUACCGGAUGAUCUGCAGAUCUAACGCUUGUAUGAAAACACGGAGGUUUGAGUUUUGCACUGCCAGUUUUUAUAGUUUUCCUGCCGUUGAUCUCGAUGAAAUCCACUUUCUAAUCUGUGUGUGUAUCGGGGCAGCUUUCCUCUGAUAUCAACUAUUAAAAAACACAUUCAAAUCAA